AUGGAACCUAUUCGUAGUAUAAUUAAAGGUGUUGAUGCUGUUUUUUUAGAAGCUACAGCAACUGAUGUUUGUUUUAAUGACAAAUUGGUUGAAGUAACUUCUCUUCCUUAUAAUGGAGAAGAAAAAGAACUUGUUAUUGCAGUUGGAUCACAAUCUAUUACACAUGGAAUUGAAGGCAUUCAAUAUUGUCAUUCAUUAAAAACUAUAAAUGAUGCUCGUACCAUAAGAAAAAAAAUUAUGGAUAAUUUUGAGUUAGCUUCUUUACCAACAACAACUCCUGAAGAAAGAAAACGAUUAUUAAGUUUUGUUGUAUGUGGUGGAGGACCUACUGGUGUCGAAUUUGCAGCAGAAUUAUAUGACUUUUUAACAGAAGAUUUAGUUAGAUAUUUUCCCGCAGCUCUUAGGAAAGAAGUACAAGUUAGCAUUAUUCAAAGUUCAGAUCACAUCUUGAAUACUUAUGAUAAAAGAAUAAGUGAUUUUGCAGAGAAAAAAUUUGAACGUGAUAAUAUAAAUGUUAUUACUAAUGCACAAAAAAUAUCAUCAAAAUUACCGGAACAAAAGAAUAAACGAGCAUUGGUUACGGAUAAUAGAUUACGUCUUAAAGGAAUAAAGGAUUCAUCAAUCUAUGCUAUCGGAGAUUGUUCAACUGUAGAAAAUCCUAAAUUGGUUGAAGGAUUAAUGAAAUUUUUCAUAGAUGCAGAUGUAAAUAAAGAUGGAGUUUUGGGUUAUGAUGAAUUCUCUAAAUUGGUUAAAAAGAUUAGUAAAAGUUAUCCAAUAACCUCUAGUCAUUUAAGAAAAGCCCAUAAUUUGUUUAAAGAAUUUGAUAAGGAUAAAAGUGGUACACUUGAAUUAAAUGAAUUAAGAGAUAUGCUUGAAAAUAUUGAUAAAAGACUCACUUCAUUACCAGCGACAGCACAAGUUGCACAUCAACAAGGUAGUUUAGCUUAUAUAGGUAAUGCUGCUGUGGCAGAUUUUGGAAUGGGUUAUACUUGGAUGGGUGGUUGGAGUGCUGUUUAUUUAUGGAGAAGUAUUUAUUUUAGUGAACAAGUUAGUUUUAGAACUAGAGCUUUAUUAUUUUUGGAUUGGACUAAGAGAUUUGUAUUUGGAAGAGAUAUUUCCAAAUCUUGA